UGUGCGACGCCGGAAGCGGCAUGAGGCAGUGGGUGCUGAGGGCCUGGCGGGGCCUGUGCGGGGCCGAGCCCGAGCCCGGGCCCCGCUGGCGGGUGCUCUUCUUCGGCACCGACGACUUCGCCGCUGAGUCGCUCAGGGCGCUGGACGCCGCCAGGGAGCCCCGCCAGGACGCGCUGGUGGGCAGGCUCGAGGUCGUGACCCUGCCGUCGUCCUCCGCGAGGAGCCUUCCCGUGGAAACCUGCGCCGCGCAGCGCGGGCUGCCGCUCCACCGCUGGCCGCUCGCGGGCCCCCGCGGCUGCUUCGACGUCGGGGUGGUGGCGUCGUUCGGGCGCCUCCUCAGCGAGGACCUCAUCCGGCAGUUCCCGUAUGGCGUGUUGAAUGUGCAUCCCAGCUGUCUCCCACGGUGGCGUGGCCCUGCUCCAGUUAUCCACACAGUGCUUCAUGGUGAUACAGUAACUGGAGUGACAAUUAUGCAGAUUAGACCCAAAAGGUUUGAUGUUGGUCCAAUUAUUAAGCAAGAAAAGCUUGCUGUUCCUCCCCACUGCACAGCAAUGGAGCUAGAAGCAAUAUUAUCAAAACUGGGUGCUAACUUGCUUCUUUCCGUUUUGAAAAACUUGCCUGAAAGUUUAGAAAAUAAAAGGGAGCAACCGCAGGAGGGAGUCACGUUUGCUCCUAAGAUCACUGCUGCCGUGAGUUGUAUAAAAUGGGAAGAACAAACUCCUGAGCAGAUACUGCGACUACACCGUGCCAUAGGAACUAAAUUCCCGUUGCAGACGCUCUGGGAGGGUAGUCCUGUUAGACUUCUGGAUUUUGUGGAGGUGCAUAACAACCCUGACUUUGCUGAUCAUUUAUUAAAUGAAGACGGAACAGUUCCAGGCUUUGUGUUAUACCACAAACCUUCCCAGACACUGGUGGUUCGUUGCAAGGAAGGCUGGGUUGGAGUCAAAACUGUCAUAAAGAACAAGAGGCUUACAGCUAUUGACUUCUAUAAUGGAUACUUACACCCAUGGUUCCAUCGGAAUUCAAAACAGCUUCUUGAGGAUUGCAGAUUUCAAACGCUCAAGCUUAACACAACAACGAAAGCUUCAAAAAGAAAGGAAAUGGUGGUGAACACUGUAACACACUAACAGCAUGAAAACUGUUGAGCAGGGCACCUGUAAAUUAAUAGAGACAUUAAAUAUUUUAUUUCAUUAUUGUAAGCGAAGCUGAAUAGCUGAUCUUGGUAGCAGUGAAGAUUUCCUCGAAACUGUUUUCCAAAGUACUGCUUCCUUGAGAGAAGAAACGUAAGUCUGUAAAUGGUGAAGACUAUGAAUUGAUCUUUUUAUUUACUUUCGGACAAUAAAUUCUUUUUAUAUAUAAUUUUUAAAGUUGAAGUUUGGGGUUUUUAGCGUGACUUCAAAGGGUAAAUCGGUGUUUGGUUAAUUUCACCUUUCUGAGAUACUUGGAGCAGAUUUUUCCAUUAAAUCACGCAGGAAACGGUGUUGAACUACUCCUCCAGUUGCAAGAUCCUGUUUCUAUGUAACAAACCAAUUUUCCUAAAAUCCCAUUAGAUUCAGGUAUUAAUAUGUGCAAAGAUGCAGGGUAGCCAUGUGGUACCAGGCAGAGCUUUGUAAUAUUUCUUUAGCAGGACAUUUGCUAGCAAAUUCUGUACAUGACCAUUCUCUUGAAAUUGUUAGUAUGAUCCUCCAUUAUCUAAAACUAGCGAAUUGUCCGUCAAGAACAACAGAUGAAUUUCAGUAACAAAAACAAACAGGUUUUACUUUUCAUAUUUAUUAAAUACAUUAAAUAUUUAUAGAUCUUAAACAAAAUAGGCUGAACGUUUGAAGAUACCAAUCCCUUCCUGCACUUGGUCUCGUCCAGCAGGCGCAGCUGCCACCUGUGCACCUCUUUGCUGGGCCAAGAGCAAGGGCAGGCAAGCGCCGCACCUUGCAGCAGCCGCCUAUGCCCCACGGCUUCCUCCAUGCUGCCCCCAAGCGCCUCCUGCCUUGCUUAGAGCUCGGGAUAGGGCAGCCUCUACUCGCCCAUUGCCUCACGCCUCUGCCCUCCCCACUGCGCUGAGCUGCCGGUGUCCUCCUGGGAGGAGCUCGGUAGAAACAGCCCUGGCUCCUGACUUUUUUGUCUCAGUUCUGGAAGUUGGGAUCAUACUGGCAUGGUCACUAAACAAAUGCUAAAGUUUUGGGUUGGUCUAAUAAAAGAUAUCAAAUUCACCCAA